GUUGGUGCAAAAUGGCCGAGAUCCCUGGUGCGAGCUUCCGCGCCUUCUCGCGCACGGCGUGGGAAGCCUCGCGCGCAGAGACGUUGGCUGCGAAAGCAUCGAAUAAGACGCCGCAAGAAUCUACUUCAUUCCUCGCAAGGACCAAGGAGACGUGGGCGUCGCACCGUCAGCAGCAGCGCCAAGCCCCGACGAGCAGCGCCUCAAGUGCCAAGACACCGACGACGACUGCGCCCGCAACGACCAAGGCGCCAACACCCAAUGCAUCUGCAGCAGCCAAAGCGCCAGCGGCAACCAUGCACGACCGCGUCCGAGCGUUCUACGAGGAGUUCAACCCGACCAAGCUGACAGAGGUUGACGCGGUGGUCCGCAAGCACAUGGGGCGCGAGGCCGAGCUCUUUGAGAAGCUGCGGGCCAAGUACUGUCCCGCGCCGCUUCCGGACCUGGCGCCGCUGACGACCGAGGCGCACCCGACAGUAUAUUUCGAUAUUGCCUACCACGAGCAGACGCACCGCGUCGUGAUGCGGCUCCUCGACGACGUUGUGCCGCUCGCAGCCGAGAACUUUCGCUGCUUGUGCACGGGCGAGAAGGGGCGCGGGCUGCACUUCAAAGGCUCGCAGUUCCAUCGCAUCAUCAAAAACUUUAUGAUUCAAGGCGGCGACAUCACCAAGGGCGAUGGCACGGGCGGUGCUUCGAUCUAUGCCAACACACCGCAUGGCAAUGCGUGGGGCCACUUCAAGGACGAGCGGUUCCUUCAGCACGACCGCAUCGGACUGCUCUCGCUCGCCAACAAGGGCAAAAACACCAACACGUCGCAGUUUUUCAUCACCACCCGCGCACCGCUCUUGCAUCUCAACGACAAGCACGUUGUCUUUGGCCAAGUGAUCCAAGGUCUCGACGCCGUCUUGGCCAUCGAGCAAGCAACCACGACGGCCACCGGCAAGCCCCUUCCUGGCCAUGAAGCUGUCAUUGUCGAUUGCGGGCAACUAUAAUCCGAGUUUGUCGUUUCCUUUGUAUCAA